AUGGGCUGCUGUGGUGGUGAACGAGAAAAGUUCGGUGACUUAAGUCGUGAGCAAAAAUGGGAAUACAUUAAUCUUGACGACUUCAAGUCCUCUUCGUGCUGGACACCAUUCGCUUAUGGCUACCUCCUUGUGAUGCUUGUCGUCUCCAUCUCCGUCUAUGCGGUCGAUUCUUUCACAGCCAUCAAUUUGCUCGCAUUCGAUCGAUGGGCCGGUCAGAUCAAACCCGAGAUUCCCUUGUAUAUCUCACGAUGGAUAUUUGCAGGAUGUAUCAUCCUGUCGUUUGUGCUGCUUGUCUAUCGAUGGAUACGUGCGAUUAGAGUCAUGCGACAAGGUGGCGUCGCCAAAAGCUAUCUUGACCCGUUGGCCGUCCGUGUACAGUCUAUCCGAUGGGGUAAAGCACGAGGAUGGAAGCGUUUCCUGGUUUUUGCCGAGUUGACAAAAAGCCGAAAGGGAGCGGAUUACGUGGCCCUCUUCACCUACUUUUCCUUUGAAGCGUGGCUGCGAAUUGUCUUUGCUGAAGGCCCCCGACAAGUCAUUAACGCCAUCACACUCUAUUCCGUCAUGAAGUUGAAAUUGAUACCGGAAGGCGAAAAUGCGCCUGAGGACGGCCAUUCUCCCGUGGUCCAAUUUUUUGUCAAUAUCGGAGUCCUUGCGGAUGAAAAUCACCUGCAAGCUGUCAUUCUUUUUGGCAUGCUUUGGACUUUGUUCAUUUGGGUCAUCUCAGUCCUCAGUCUCAUUAUUUCGAUCAUUUUGUACCUUCUAUUCCUCUGGCACCACAUCCCGAGUGAUGAUGGUGGCCUGACCAGCUACUGUCGAAAGAAGAUUAAUCGAAGGAUGGAAAGAAUUGUCAAAGUCAAGGUUGAUAAAGCAUUGAAGAAGGAAAAUCAACUUCGAGCCCGAGAAGAGGCAAGAGCUGCUCGUGAAGGGUUGGAGAUCAAGAAACAGCCAACCUUACCGAACAUCAGCACUUCCGAAGUUGAUUCUCUCGCGGGUCUAUCUCGACAAACGACAAUGACAACUCUUCCCGAGUACACAUCUCAGCCCGGGACGGGCAAGGACGCCGAUGACGCUGUUCCUACGUUACCUGAUGUUUCGACUCGUCCACCUAUGCCAGCGCGAACCGCGACACACGGAUCUGCAGCGUCAUGGUCAAGCUACACCUCGAACGCUCCCUUGAUGAGUUCUGCAGGCGAAAUGGGCUACACUCCCGAUCGAGCGCAGACACCUGUAUCCGAACCGAAUGGACCAUGGUACGGUAAACCAAUGCCCAAUCGCAGCAUGACCGGUCUUUCCCAAUUUUCUCAGCGUUCGUUUAGUCCUGCUCUUCCUCGACCAGGAACGGCACAAGGAGAUCGAAAUGGACCUGGAGCUUAUCAGAUGGAUUCCCUUCCAAGGCCUGGGACAAGCACGUCAAACACCUCGCGUCCAAGGUAUCCUUCCGACAACAGCUCUGCCCUUCCUUAUCCGGAUGAUCGAAGCUCGACAUCAUCAACAAAACCGCCUUCGUGGUCUGGACCCAAUUUUGACAGCCCAACUGAAUCAAUGGGUCGCCGUACACCAGCUGCCGCACUUGGUCCAUCUUUUCCCGGCAUUCCUGAAGAAAGAGGCCGAAACUCUCCGUUACCAGGCCCCAACCUCAGAUCACAAACUCCCGCUCGAGGUCCACCAGAAAGGCCGCCCACAUCUCAUGGAACUGGUCCCAGAUCUAUGACACCGACUGGAGGUCCAACAUUACAGAAAAUCAACACAUCCUCUCCUGGAUAUGUUCCACAUCCCGCAGAGCCAAGGUCCAUGACCCCGGCAUCUUCGAUCCCACCCAGUGCUACAAUUCGUAGCGUCAAUGAGCCAACACGAAGUUACACUCCUUACAGACAAAUAGGACAGCCUAAUUUGUCCUAUCCGCGAGAUCGACCACCACCCCAACGGCAGGGCAGUGGUGUAGAUGAUAUAUUAGACCAUUAUUGA